GGAUUUUCAACGAGGGAUUUAGAGCGGCUCCUUGAAAAUACGAUUACAGAGUACCAGGACAUUUUUACUCCAUCUAAAGAGAACGACCGUUUAAAGAGGAUGCUUGAAUUCAUCCUUCAACCUGAGAUAAAGUUACAUAGAGCAGGUGUGUUACUGUUCACCUCGCUCCAUUCAACAUUCAUUUUAUAAAUAUUGGCAAUGUAUUUUUGAUAAGCAGCGUUGGCUAGAACGUUUUUCCUGUAGGCUUGCUCGGGCCGUUAAGCAGGUUGUAUCCUUAGUGUGCACACACACACACACACUGUCGCAAAACGUUUCGUUAAUGAAAUCAGUUUACGUCACUGAGUUUAAAAAAAAAAUUCGACACUGUAAUGCCGCGUUCACGUGCUAUUCGGAACUAGGACAUUUCCGAAUUGCUAACUGGUUGUAGUUAUACACAUGCUGCUUUCACGAACUUUCGGAGUUUCCUAGGUCCGACUAGCGUGUUAACGCAGCAUGAAUUGUAUUGAAGGUGCAACAUGCAAAAAUCGCUCCGCCAUUUCCUGCUUGUUAAAAUUCUAAUAGUUCGCCUAAUUUCAGUUUGUGACAAAACAAGCAGUCAUUGUGUAGAGAAUCCUUGUACAGUCUAAAUAUAUUUUCCAUGACCAAAAAUAUUGUAUUUUUAGCUGUUUGAAGCUGGUGUACAAAACUGAAAGUAAAAUAAGCAAAAACGAAAUGUAAGAAUGCGAACCAUAGAAAUAGCAUACAUAGAAUAGAUAUGGAUUCUUAGACUUGCUUUCAAUGAGUGACCGAUCUAUAACUGACAUUUGAUGUACAUUUGGUCAGGUUGCCCAAACAGUUACAUAGUUCAGCUUUAAUUGCAGUGUGCACUAAUGAAUAUGACCCAGAGGGGGUAUACUAAAGAUGCCUUCAAAGUCGCCUUGAAGUACAACAACCAACUUUUUCCUAAUUUGUGUUGCUCGUACUGCUUACUACGUAAGCUGAGAUUCAAUUGGCACAUGAUCAUUCGCGCUGAGUUGAGCAACAUAAAUGAGUAAAAAGUCAGUGAUUGUAUUCGAUAAAAGGUUUUAUGAAUUUCACCACCCCGCGGAUGGACCGCAGUUGUACAGGGAAAACAUAGGUACAGGUAAGCGUUUUCAGAGUUGACAUUUUCACAAAAAUCGACUGAUUGUGACCCAGUGUUGUUGCUAGGAAAUCCUGCGACCAGUUAUCAAAACUCAACUCUGACUCGAUAUAAGAGAACGUAGUUGAGCGUUUCUCAGCUAGGUUUCCCUUUUGCCUGUGGGUAUACUACGAAUCUAGCGAUCUACUCAGGCCUUUCUGAAAUUAGCUAGCUUCACAUUCCAGCUCAGGCUUCAUCCAUGUUUGGUCACCACCUUUCAAAGUUUGUUGCAUUAUGGAGAUAAAAAUUGUCCGACUUGGGACUACAUGUCGACUUCAUGAAUUUGACAAAAAUCAUGUGAUCAAAGGUCAUGCAGUUUUUGAUAAAGUCACCUUCAAGUUGCUGCAGUUGCUUCUCACCAACUGCACCAUGCAGCCAUCACCUGCAUUGUGGGAGGCACUAUUUGUCAACCAAUUAUUAGUGUUUUUGUUUGACCAAUGCGAACGUGGCAAAAGACUUGACUGAAAUAGGAAUCAACUUUGCAGCGAUUCUAAAGUUACAGGGGAUACAAAUGAAAGUGAUACUUUGGAAACCUCUCUCUAAGCAAUUCAUUGUACACACGUUAUAUUUUCAGUUUGUGAGUGUGAUAUGGGGGUAUGGGCUGGCCCAGACCAAAAAAAUCUUGGUGAAUGACGUGUAGUUUUCCAUAUAGAUUUUAGUGUUUUUAAAAAAUAAGAUCAACUAUAUGUACUGAGCUUGUCUGAUUUAAGUACACUUUAUGAUUACAUAAUUAAGACACACAAAUGACUUGAGGGAGCCAGAGAUCAAGGUAGCCUAACCAGAUUUUUUUUAAAAACUGUUCUCGACCCUCCUCUCACUGCUGCUGACCUUCACAGAUUCUGCCGUUACGCUCAUGAAGUUGUCAGUAAUGGGCUACAUAAAGUAUUCAGACCCCUUGACUUUUUCCACAUUUUGUUAGGUUACGGCCUUAUUCUAAAAUUCAUUAAAUUGUUUUUUUCCCCUCAUCAAUCUACACACAAUACCCCAUAAUGACAAAGCAAAAACUGGUUUGUAGAAAGCUUGGCACAGCUGUAUUUGGGGAGAUUCUCCAAUUAUUUUCUGCAGAUCCUCUCAAGCUCUGUCAGGUUGGAUGGGGAGCAUUGCUGCACAGCUAUUUUCAGAGAUGUUCGAUCAGGCUCUAGCUGGGCCACUCAAGGACUUUCAGAGACUUGUCCCGAAGCCACUCCUGAAUUGUCUUGGCUGUGUGCUUAGGGUCGUUGUCCUGUUGGAAGGUGAAUCUUCGCCCCAGUCUGAUGUACUGAGCGCUCUGGAGCAGGUUUUCAUCAAGGAUCUCUCUGUACUUUGGUCCGUUCAUCUUUCCCUCGAUCCUGACUAGUCUUCCCUGCCGCUGAAAAACAUCCCCACAUCAUGAUGCUGCCACCACCAUGCUUCACCGUAGGAAUGGUGCCAGGUUUCCUCCAGACAUGACGCUUGGCAUUCAGGCCAAAGAGUUCAAUCUUGGUUCCAUCAGACCAGAGAAUCUUGUUUCUCAUGGUCUGAGAGUAUUUAGGUGCCUUUUGGCAAACUCCAAGCGGGCUGUCAUGUGCCUUUUACUGAGGAGUGUCUUCCGUCUAGCCACUCUACCAUAAAGGCCUGAUUGGUGGAGUGCUGCAGAGAUGGUUGUCCUUCUGGAAGGUUCUCCCAUCUCCACAGAGGAACUCUGGAGCUCUGUCAGAGUGACCAUUGGGUUCUUGGUCACCUCCCUAACCAAGGCCCUUCUCCCACGAUUGCUCAGUUUGGACGGGCGGCCAGCUCUAGGAAGAGUCCUUGUGGUUCCAAACUUCUUACUUUUAGGAAUGAUGGAAGCCACUGUGUUCAUGGGGACCUUCAAUGCUGCAGAAACCUUUUGGUACCCUUCCCCAGAACUGUGCCUCGACACAAUCCUGUCUCGGAGCUCUACUGACAAUUCCUUCUACCUCAUGGCUUGGUUUUUGCUCUGACAUACACUGUCAACUGUGUGACCUUAUAUAGACAGGUGUGUGCCUUUCCAAAUCAUGUCCAAUCAAUUGAAUUUACCACAGGUGGGCUCCAAUCAAGUUCUAGAAACAUCUCAAGGAUGAUCAAUGGAAACAGGAUGCACCUGAGCUCAAUUUCGAGUAUCAUAGCAAAGGGUCUGAAUACUUAUGUAAAUAAGGUAUUUCAGUUUUUUAUUUGUAAUACAUUUGCAAAAAUUUCUAAAAAGCUGUUUUCGCUUUCUCAUUAUGGGUGUGUAUAUUGAGGAUUUAAAAAAAAUGUAAUCCAUUUUAGAAUAAGGCUGUAACGUAACAAAAUGUGGAAAAAGUCAAGGGGUCUGAAUACUUUCCGAAGGCACUGUAUGUCCCUCUAACUGCCCUGUAUAUGCACACUUUGGGAGAAUGGUGGAGAAUCGGGAUGCAACUCACGCUGCAACAUGACUUUUAGGUCAAACUCAUUGAGACUGCCUAUGAGGAGAAUCAGUGCCAAGUAAUGACUUGCAACCAUAGAGUUAGAUACUGUAGACAUUAUCUACCUCUAUGCUUGCAACCUCCACCUCCUAUCUAUCCAAGUCAUAGUAGGAUGACCUAAUAUAGGAUACCCAUCAAGUCAAAUUUUAUUUGUCACAUGCGGCGAAUAGAACAGGUGUAGUAGACCUUACCGUGAAAUGCUUACUAGCACUUAAGCAACAAUUCAGAGUUUAAGAAGUAAGGCAUAUUUGCUAAAUAAACUAAAUGAAAAAUAGUAACACAAUAAAAUAACAAUAACAAGGCUAUAUACAAGGGGUACCGGUACCAAGUCAAUGUUCAGGGGUACGGGUUAGUCGAGGUAAUAUGUAGGUAGGGGUAAAGUGGCUAUGCAUAGAUAAUAAACAGAGAGUAGCAGCAGCGUAUGUGAAGAGUGUGAAGGAAUGUGAAUGUGUGUGUGUGUGGCGCUCCGAUACCGCUUGCCGUGCGAUAGCAGAGAGAACUGUCUAUGACUUCAGUGUCUGGAGUCUUUGACCAUUUUUAGGGCCUUCCUCUGACACCGCCUGGUAUAGAGGUCCUGGAUGGCAGGACUCUCGGCCUCAGUGAUGUACUGGGCUGUACGCACUACCAUCUGUAUCGCCUUGUGGUCGGAUGCCAAGCAUUUGACAUACCAAGUGGUGAUGAAACCAGUCAGGAUGCUCUCGAUGGUGCAGCUGUAGAACUUUUUGAGGAUCUGAGAUCCCAUGCAAAAUAUUUUCAGCCUCCUGAGGGGGACUAGGUGUUGUCGUGCCGUCUUCACGACUGUGUUGGUGUGUUUGGACCAUGAUAGGUCCUUAGUGAUGUGGACACCAAGGAACUUGAAGCUCUCGACCCGCUCCACUACAGCCCAGUUGAUGUGAAUGGGGGUGUGCUCAGCCCUCCUUUUCCUGUAGUCCACGAUCAGCUCCUUUGUCUUGCUCACAUUGAGGGAGAGGUUAUUGUCCUGGCACCACACUGCCAGGACUCUGACCUCCUCCCUAUAGGGUGUCUCAUCGUCGUCUGUGAUCAGGCCUGCCGAAUUAUCCUACUUUCACUUCUUAGUCAAUUUUGGCACUGGAAUACAUUUUUCAGACUUUUAUCGAUACCACAUUUUCAACCAGAGAAGUCGUUUUUUAGGUUCAGUUCUCCUUUAAAUACGCAACUCAUUGCUUCAAACCACACCCCACCACACCCACCAAACAGUGCAAACAUACUUCGGUAUAUAUAGUGUAUGUGGACACCCCUUAAAAUUAGUGGAUUUGGCUAUUUCAGCCACACCCGUUGCUGACAGGUGUAUAAAAUUGAGCACACAGCCAUGCAAUCUCCAUAGACAAACAUUGGCAGUAGAAUGGCGUUACUGAAGAGCUCAGUGACUUUCAACAUGGCACUGACAGAGGAUGCCACCUUUCCAACAAGUCAGUUUGUAAAAUUUCUGCCCUGGUAGAGCUGCCCCGGUCAACUGUAAGUGCUGUUAUUAAGAAGUGGAAACAUCUAGGAGCAACAAUGGCAAAGCCGCGAAGUGGUGGGCCACACAAGCUCACAGAACUGGAGUGCUGAAUUCUGUCCUUGGUUACAACACUCACUACCGAGUUCCAAACUGCCUCUGGAAGCAACGUCAGCACAAGAACUGUUCGUCGGGAAGUGUUUGUAGGGAGCCAACUGUCGGCUGGAGUGGUGUAAAGCUCGCCGCCAUUGGACUCUGGAGCAGUGGAAACGCGUUCUCUGGAGUGAUGAAUCACGCUUCACCAUCUGGCAGACCGACAGACGAAUCUGGGUUUGGCGGAAGCCAGGAGAACGCUACCUGCCCCAAUGCAUAGUGCACAAUGUACAGUUUGGUGGAGGAGGAAUAAUGGUCUGGGGCUGUUUUCAUGGUUCGGCUAGGCCCCAUAGUUCCAGUGAAGGGAAAUCUUAACGCUACAGCAUACAAUGACAUUCUAGAUGAUUCUGUGCUUCCAAAUUUGUGGCAACAGUUUGGGGAAGGCCCUUUCAUGUUUCAGCAUGACAAUGCCCCUGUGCACAAAGCGAGGUCCAUACAGAAAAGGUUUGUCAAGAUCGGUGUGGAAGAACUUGACUGGCCUGCACAGAGCCCUGACCUCAACCCCAUCGAACACCUUUGGGAUGAAUUGGAAUGCCGACUGCGAGCCAGGCCUAAUCGCCCAACAUCAGUGCCCUACCUCACUAAUGCUCUUGUGGCUGACUGGAAGCAAGUCCCCGCAGCGAUAUUCCAACAUCUAGUAGAAAGCCUUCCUAGAAGAGUAGAGGCUGUUAUAGCAGCAAAGGGUGGACCAAAUCCAUAUGAAUGCCCAUGAUAUUGGAAUGAGAUGUUCAACAAGCAGGUGUCCACAUACUUUUGGUCAUGUACUGUACCUCAGUCUGUUCAAGAACGUUGAAAAAAACGUUUUGGGGAAAAUGAUUGUUCAGGACAAACCGUGAAGCAAUGUAGUAAACGUUUAAUCGAACUAAACGCACCCCAGGUUAGUUCUGAAGGAUUCGUUGCUGUAAAAAGUACCAGGCCACUUUCGUGUCACUGGUUAUCCCGAGUUCAACUCGCGUCAUAGUAUAGGCCUCAUGGCACAACAUGCAACUUUUAAUUGAACGGAAACGAUGCUGUUCUGAACAACCAGUUGAAGAACAUUGUGAUUUAUUAUGGUGGCUCAGAGGGAAACUGUGUACGUAAACCUUAGGAUCAUUCUGUUGCAAACAUCAAAGUAACGUACAUAUGAAGUUAGGUAUUGAAAAAUUUACAUUGAAUGGUCCAAAUAGGCAUACAAAGCUUUUCAUGUGCAUUCUAACGGUAACUUAGUUGUUCGCAGCACUUAUGGAACUGGAACUAUUCCAAGGUUUACAGAGACUUAUUUCAUGUCAGUUUUUGACUUCAAAUACAUUCUUUCUCAUUCCCUUCAGACCUCCAGAAAACCACACUCUCUAAAGUAGAGGUUCCCCCUGAGCAGCAGCAUUGUGAACAAGAAUGGAGCCUUAGUCUGGGGCAGGAGGACUCGAAGCCCACACAGAUUAAAGAGGAACAGGAGGAACUCCAGACCAGCCAGGGAAAAGAGCCACUUCAAGAGCUGAAGUAUGAUACUAAAGACUCUGUAUUCAUUCCUUCCAGUGUGAAAAGUGAGUCUGACGAGUACCCAACUCAGUCCUCACAUCUGAGCAUAACCCUAAGUAAAGAAUGCAAAGACAGAGACCCCUCCACUGAACAGAUCAAAACAGAACCUGGGGAAGAGGACUCAUCAGAACUAGCCAGUGACUAUAAGCCCAUCUCUGCAGUAAAUCCAGCCUGUUCUGCAGCUCAGGGUGAAAACAUGAGCAGGGACUGGAAGGAGAGUGAAGGACCUCUGUCAGCUUUGAAGACCCGGAAAUCAAAGAGGAUGCAGACAGAAAAAGGACAAAGCUCCCUUAUC